UCUCCUUUUUGACAAGCCAGGAGCAGCAGGGAGAAACUUAAGAUGACGCUUCUUUGGUUAGCUGCACUUGCAGGUUUUUUACUAUGCACAUUUGACCAGGCAAACUCUUCUGCCUAUGACAAAAUAGUCACUCACAGUCGAAUAAGAGCCAGAAAUGAGGGCCCUAAUGUGUGUGCACUACAGCAAGUUAUUGGAACAAAAAAGAAGUAUUUCAGCACCUGCAGACACUGGUACCAAGGAACUAUAUGUGGCAAGAAAGCAACUGUUCUGUAUGAAUGCUGCCCUGGCUACAUGAGACUGGAGGGCGUAAAAGGAUGCCCAGCAGUUGCACCAAUUGAUAAUAUGUAUGCCACGCUGGGCAUAGUAGGAGCUACCUCAACUCAGAAGUAUUCUGACCAAUCAGGCCUCAGAGAGCAAAUCGAAGGGCCUGGUUCCUACACAAUAUUUUCACCAGAUAACGAUGCCUGGGAAAUGCUGGAUCCUGAAAUACGCGAUGCCUUGCUCAGUAAUGUAAACGUUGAACUGCUGAAUGCUCUUCACUACCAUAUGAUUGACAAAAGAAUGAUGACAAAAGACUUGAAGAAUGGUCUUGUUCUCAAGUCAAUGUACAACGAUCUUCCUGUGCUCAUUAACCAUUAUUCCAGUGGGAUUGUUACAGUAAACUGUGCUAGACUUAUUCAAGCCAACCAGAUAUCAACGAAUGGAGUCGUGCAUGUAAUUGAUCGUGUUAUCACUGCAGUCGGUAAUACUAUUGAAGAUUUUAUCGACUCUGAAGACGAUUUGUCGUCUCUUAGAGCUGCUGCUAUUGCUUCAGGUCUGUUGGAAAGUCUUGGAAAAGAAGGGCACUACACAGUUUUUGCUCCUACAAAUGAUGCUUUUGAGAAACUCCCUCGUGGUGUUUUGGAAAGGAUUAUGAGUGACAAAGUGGCCCUUGAAGCCCUGUUGAAAUUCCACAUUCUUGAAUCCGUACAAUGUUCUGAAGCAAUUACAGGUGGUGCGGUGUAUGAAACCCUGGAGGGAAAUACCAUUGAGAUUGGUUGUGAUGGUGAUAGUGUAACCGUCAAUGGAGUAAAGAUGGUCAAACGGAAGGACAUUGUAACCACCAAUGGUGUAAUUCAUUUAAUUGAUGAGGUGCUGGUUCCUGAUUCUGCUAAGCAGGUUACCGAACUUGUGAGCAGUAAACAGUCAACGUUCUCUGACUUGAUUAGUGAGGUGGGACUUCUCGAGUCCUUGCAAGCAGAUGGGGAAUUUACCCUACUUGCUCCCAUGAAUUCUGCCUUUACUGAGGAGGUAAUGAGCAUGGAUCAGCGUAUUCUUAAAGAAAUGUUAAUGAACCAUGUUCUGAAAGUUAAAAUCACCCUCAAUGAACUCUAUCAUGGACAGCGAUUGGAGACCCUCGGUGGACAGGAACUCAGAGUGUUCAUCUAUCGCACUUCUGUUUGCAUUGAAAAUUCAUGUAUGGUGAGGGGAAGCAAAGAAGGAAGGAACGGUGCUAUACAUGUCUUCAGACAGCUUAUCACACCAGCAGAAAAGUCCACAUUUGAUAUGCUGAGAGAUGAUGGACGCUUUAGCGUAUUUGUUACUCUUCUUGAAACUGCUGGAUUGACAGACAUUCUCUCAGAACAAGGAGAAUGGACUGUGUUUGCUCCAACCGAUGAUGCGUUCAAGGAUCUGUCCGAACAGGAAAUGAGAGCACUGAAAAGUGAUAAAAAUGCUCUGAAAACAAUUCUUUUGUACCACAUGAACAUCGGAGUCCUUAUUGGAGGUGGAAUUGAACGUGAUGUCACAAACCUUCUCAACUCUGUGCAAGGAAGCAGAAUUCUGGUGAAGUCUGCAAAUGAUACACUCUUGGUGAAUGGAGUUAAAGCAAAGGAAUCAGAUCUUAUGGCAACUAAUGGUGUUGUUCAUGUUGUGACAUCACUGCUAUAUCCAGAAGAUAUACCUGUUGGAGAUGAAAAACUUCUAAGGCUUCUUCAGAAACUCAUUAAGACUAUUCAGUUCAAGUUUGUUCGUGGUAGCACCUUCAAGGAAAUUCCUCUUAAAUUUAAAACUAUAACCACAAUAAAGAAAGUUGAAUCAGUUCUUCCAGGUAUCCAGAGAACACUCAUUGAACGUGGAUUAGAGAAGAAAUUGACAAUUAAGAGUAGUCCCGAACCAAAAGUAGUCAGUGGCCAGGUAAUUCAUCGAGUAGUCCAAGAGCCUCAGCUCAAGUUUACUCAAAUAACUUCCCAAAGUGGAGGGGAACAAAUUGAAGAUGAAGAGGCACUAAAUAAACUGAUUGCCAAAGACUUCACGGUAAUUAGCAAGACGAUCGGUGGUGAUGUACUUAAUGAAGAUGAACUCAAACAACUUCUGCGGGGAGGACAACAGUUCUCUAAAGUUACUACAACUGUAAUUGAAAGUGAACCCAAGGUUACAGGAGGCACAGAAAAAAUGCCAAAAGUUGUUAAAGUACCUACACAAAGAACUCGUAUUCCUUCAAGACGGCAAAGAGCUACACUUGUGAGAAAAAAGAUUGCACGUAAACAGUGAGACCGCUGCCGUGUGAUAUCUCAAGAUUACAGAAGAAAAAGCAAAACUGUUAAACUAACAAAAUCUUGGAACACACUAACAAAAUCUUGGAAUGCAAGUGUCCCAGAGUUGAGCAAGGACAGUACCAAUGUAUGGGACAGUAGUUUAUUACAUCUCUUGCAGAAAAUGUUUGAAAUAAGAAAGAAUGUAACUCUAUUUUAAAAAUAGACUGCAACUAAGUUGAGGAUUUUAAGAACAAAAUUCAACUGCUGCAUUCAUUUCAAAUACAUCAGAACAUCGUAUUAAGCCUUUUUUAAGCUUAGUGAUGUCAUCUGUGUGUGUCAGUCAUCAAAGUAUAAAGUAAUGUUUUGAAAAGUCAAAGAUCUGCUGGCCUUAAAGCUAUACCAAAAAAUCUUAAGAAAAAACUGUGAUUAAUUGAAUUUUUUUGUAUGCGAACUUGAAAGAUAUUUUUAUAUAGUGAAAAUAAUUUCAUGUAUUGAAGAGUCAUAAAGCAACAAUACAUACUGACACAGAUCAAAUAGCUUAUUGUAAUAUAAACAUUAUUUUGUCUUUGUGCGGAAUGUAUACAGGCUAUAAUGUAUACAACACACACUGAUCCUAUUUCUGUGGGAUAAACUCACAGAAACAUUUUGUAGUAGAUUGUUGAAAAAUUCAGAUAUUCUUUUAAGAAUACUGAUAUGAAAUUUUCAGUGGAAAGUUAGAGACGAUACUUAGGAGUGUUCUAACAUGGGUCAGGGAAAAGGAAAUUGCAUGGAAACAGUUACCUCUGCAUAGACACUUAAAAUAAAAACUAAGGUGGUACUUGUUAUGGAAAUAUUUUUAUGGAGAAAACAAUGCUUUGCAAAUAUCUGUUACUAAUGGAAAUGGAUUUCUUUUGUAAAUUAUGUUAAAUUUAAGUUCCAUUUCUGUAUGCAGUAAUUAAGCAAUUAUCUUGCCUUUUCGCAUUGAAAACUUUUGUAUGAUUUGUGUUGCUGAGCAACAUAUUGUUAAAAGUCAACUAAUCUUACAGUGCCUUACCCCAAGGAAAUUAUUUUUUCAUAAGUUGUAAUUUGGUGUGCCUCAGCACCACCAUUUUGGAAAAAAAGUGUACAUUAAAGGAAUUCUUAAAUAUUA